AUGGCUUGCAACCGAUCCAAUGAGAUCCCCAAUCUCUCCAUGGAUGAAGGGACCUACCUCAGCCAACAACUGAAUCUGAGUCCUCAGUCUCGACCCGUUGAUUUCUUCAAGCCUGAUCCCCUCGCCGCCAACUGGACCUACGAUAGUGCCAUCGACCUGUUUGCCCUCAACCCCAAUGACAUGGAGUCCGUGCCCUUCGACUUCGCCGACAGCCUGAAUGAUCUCGACUCGAAGGACCUCUUUGUUGAUCCGUUUGCUGCAUCACCGGAGAUCAGCGGGUUCUCCAUGCCGAUGCCCGAAGACAACGCCUCGCUUUCAUCAGUAUGUCUCACUACCUCCCAACCUAUACUAUACCACAAGGCUGACCUCUUCAAGGAACUUGAUAGUGACGAUCAAACAUGGCCAUCCAAUGCCGCACGCCCAUCAACGGACUCCACCGCGUUCGAGACCCAGUCACCAAACCAAAGCUGUGACCCGACCUACCAGUCUCAACCCCAGAAGAGCCGCACCUCAACAAGAUGGUCAUCAAGCCCCAAUAUCAAAGAGGAAGCCGAGACAUCACAAUCAUCCAAGCCCACCCCCACAUCCAGCCGCAAAACCCGCAGCUUCUCCCGAGACUCGAACCGCUCCUCAGGCAGCCAAGACCCGCAGAUGCGGAACGCCGCCAAGCGUGCCGCACACAACAUCAUCGAAAAGCGCUACCGCACCAACAUGAAUGCCAAAUUCGUCUCCUUGGAGCAGGCCAUCUCACCAGCCGGCGUGCAAAAACACACCCCCAAGGCCGGUGCUGGUUCUCUUAAGAAAUCAGAGAUCCUCUCUAACGCACUCUCCUACAUCGACAGCAUCCAGCAGGAAAACCAGGCCCUGCACAAGGAGCUGGCGAUGCUCAAGCAGAAUAUGCUACCGGGCGGCAUGUGGCGCCACCCCAAGCACCCUCGAGCAUGA